AUGGACUCGUCAUCAUACCCUCCCCACCCCUCUCAUGAUGUUGGUCGUGCCGAAAUAGUCCUCAAUGCCGCUAACCUCGGCUUCGCCUACGGGAGUGCAUGUCUUGGUCGAUCUAGUACGUUCGAUUGGCGAGGAGUACUGUCGGCCUGGCACUAUUAUAAAAUACGCGGCAUUGAGAGGUGUCUGGUCGCUGUUAACGAGUCCUUGCUGAGGCAUAACCCGGAUGUACCCUUGGAGCUGAAAGAUAGUUUGUCUAAGGCUCCCCCAAGAGACGGUAUGAAGGAUUUGGACGACUUGCUCACUAUUCGACUGGCCAUGGUAAACGAUGCUCAGUUCGUUGACAAUGAUAACUACAGGGAUUGGGUUGAACGGUUGCAAGAUGACAAGGAAACGCUGAAAUGGUUCUUGAACGAAGGGAUGAAAAACCAUUGUUAUUACAGCAUGUCAGCUGAUGGUGAAUUUACUCCAGUCUUAUCCGCUCCCAUGCCUCGAUCUGCAAUGGAUAUUGAUGAGGACUUGAAUGGUGACGACAACGAUGCAAAGGACGACGAGGUUAUCCCUGUUGGGUUCAGUGGCUAUCAUCUCGAUAAUCAACAGGACGCUAGUGCUAUUCCUGGUACUGUCACUGAGCCUCACGUCAUGAAACACUUUGGAGGUAAAGCAGCGAGACCUUACCGAGUAUCAAGGCCCAGUUAUGGCACAGGUCCGAGGAAGCACCCAACAGGUCCAUACAUGCAUCCUACGAGAGCUGCUAAUUUCUCUAGGAGUCAUCGGACGGAGCCUCCCGUUAUGAACUCCGUGACUCAGUAUAAAGCCGUUAAUGACUCUUGGGAGGAUGGUGCGAUCAAAUUGGGCAGCUUUCAUGUUAAUAGUUCUUCUUCAACGCCAACGACCAAGAAGUCGCGAAAUUGUCGCGGGGUGGGUGUGGCAGGCAGGGUCAAUCCAGUCCAGCAAAGAGUUGCAUCUCAGUUCCUUCAACAAAGUACUCCUGUUCAUCGUUCGGGAUGCGGCUGCCUUCAGCCAUUCUGUGGUGGUGGUGGAUCAGUAGUUAACGGUGGUGUUGAGGAGUCUUGGGAUGACAACACUGUGGCGUUCGUUACUAAAGAUGGAUUUGAUUCUCAUUGA